UGGAACAAACUCCCUCACGACGCCAGGACAGCGGAGUCAAUCACCACCUUCCGGAGACACCUGAAACCCCACCUCUUUAAGGAAUACCUAGGCUAGGAUAAAGUAAUCCCUCUCACCCCCCCUCCCCCUGAAAAGAUUUAGAUGCACUACUGUUCCACUGGAGGUCAUAAGGUGAAUGCACCAAUUUGUAAGUCGCUCUGGAUAAGAGCGUCUGCUAAAUGACUUAAAUGUAAAUGAUGUAAAUGAUUAGUAUUAUUAUGCCAUAGCUUCAUACAAUUAUAUAUUGUAUGAUUUUUCAAAUGUGUGUGAACUUGUGUUCAUGACACAGCAUAACAUUUAAAAAGAAAAAAACAUAUUGUUUUCCCCUCUUCCAUGGCCAGAAAUGUUCUCAGUGAAAGUAACAUGACACAAAUGGAAAUCUUAUUUUGCCAAGCUUGUACAGUGCUCUUACUUUACAUGGUAUUUGCGUCUGUAAUAAUGACGUUGACAAAAUGUCAAAUAUUGCUGUCGAAACAAAGGGAAACUGUGGUCUCCUGUUGAGUUUGCAGAUCCUGCAGCGUGUGAUUAUGAGGCAAAUAAGCUAUUAGUGGUUAAAGGUGUGUUUACACAUGGCACAAUCUUGGCCUCAAAUGUCACCGUGGUUUUGCUGAUGGACAGAGAAUGGAAAUUCAACCCGACCAGGUUGAACAACUUGAGGUAGGUCUCUAAAUUGGCUGUAUCUGGCCCACCACUCAUGAAAAAUGGAGCAGAUGGUAUGUUAAAAAGAUUUGAGUACCCCGAAGAGGUGCUUUCCCCCCAACAUAUUUAGGGAUUCCCAGACGGAAGCCACUCCUCAGUUAAAGGCUCAUGACAGCCCGCUCUCAGACCAUGAGAAACAAGAUUCUCUGUUUGGAUGAAACCAAGAUUGAACUUUUUGGCCUGAAUGCCAAGUGUCACGUGGCACCAUCCCAUCAGUGAAGCAUGGUGGAGGCAGCAUCAUGCUGUGGGGAUGUUUUUCAGUGGCAGGGACUGAGAGACUUGUCAGGAUCGAGGGAAUGAUGAACGGAGCAAAGUACAGCGAGAUCCUUGAUGAAAACCUGCUCCAGAGCGCUCAGGGCCUCAGACUGAGGGCGAAGGUUGACCUUCCAACAGGAUAACGACCCUAGGCGCACAGCCAAGACAAUGCAGGAGUGGCUUUGGGACAAGUCUCAAUGUCCUUGAGUGGCCCAGCCAGAGCCUGGACUUGAACCCAAUCGAACAUCUCUAGAGAGACCUGAAAAUAUCUCCGCAUACAACAUGAUAGAGCUUGAGACGAUCUGCAGAGAAGAAUGGGAGAAACUCCCCAAAUACAGGUGUGCCAAGCUUGUAGCGUUAUACCCAAGAAGACUUGAUGCUGUAAUCGAUGCCAAAGUCACUUUAACAAAAUACUGAGUAAAGGGUCUGAAUACUUAUGUAAAUGUGAUAUUUCCAUUUUUUUGUAUUUAAUACAUUUCUAAAAGCCUGUUUUUGCUUUGUCAUUAUGGGGUAUUGUGUGUAUAUUGAUGAUGGAUAAAAAAUAUUUAAUCAAUUUUAAGAUAAGGCUGUAACUUGUAAAUGUAAUGUGUGUAACUCUUUUUAGCACAAUUAGCACAAAUGUUUAUUUUUAUACAUUGAGUAUACAGAACAUUCAAGAAAAUAGUCCACCACACAAAUGACAUCCAGCCAACUUUAGUAAAAAUACUUCCUAACUACUUAAGUAGUUUUGUAGGGAAUCUGUAUUUCACUAUUUGUAUUUUUGACAACUUUUACUUUUACUCUACUAUAUUCCUAACGGAAAUAAUAUACUAAUUACUCCAUACAUUUUCCCUGAAACCCAAAAGUACUCAUUACAUUCAAAUGCUUAGCAGGACAGGUAAAAUGGUCCAAUUCUCACGCUUAUCGAGAGAACUUCCAUGGUCAUCCCUAUUGCCUCUGAUUUGGCAGACUCACUAAACACAUAUGCUUUGUUUGUAAAUAACGUUUGGUUGUUUUAGUGUGCCCCUGGAUUUUCGUAAAUUAAAAAAAACAAGGCAAUUGUGCCAUCUACUUAACUUAAUAUAAGCAAUUUGAAAUUAUUCAUACUCUUACUUUUGAUACUUAAGUAUAUUUUUGCAAUUACAUUUACUUUUGAUACUUAAGUAUAUUUAAAACCAAAUAGUUUUAUACUUUUACUCAAGUAGUAUUUUACUGGAUGACUUUCCCUUUUACUUGAGUCAUUUUCUAUUAAGGUAUCUUUACUUUAACUCAAGUAUGACAAUUGGGAACUUUUUCCACCUCUCCACAACUGUGGGAAGCAUUGGAGUCAACAUGGGCAAGCAUCCUUGUGGAAUGCUUUCGAUACCUUGUAGAGUCCAUGCCCAGAUGAAUUGAGGCUGCUCUGAGGGCAAAAGGGGGGAGAAUCUGGCCUUAAUGUGCCAUCUCCACCCGUCACAACCAGAAGAGGACUGGCCACCACCAACCAGAGCCUGGUUCCUCUCCAGGUUUCUUCCUAUGUUCCUGCCUUUCUGGGGAGUUUAUCCUAGCCACUGUGCUUCUAUAUCUGCAUUGCUUGCUGUAUGGGGUUUUAGGAAGGGUUUCUGUAUAGCACUAUGUGACGUCUGCUGAUGUAAAAAGAGCUUCAUAAAUAUAUUUUAUUUGAUGUUAUUUGAUAGAACAUAAGGCAGAGGGAACAUAGACAUGGUCCCUCAUAACAAAACAGACAGAAACACUAAACCAGCUCGGAUUUACAUUGCUUUGACUGAAAGGUUAGCUACAAUAUGACAUUUGCAUUGCUUCUAAGUGUGCAGUGGCUCUCUUCUUCUCUCCUGCACCUUAGUGGCCCAGUCUGCACCUUGAGUCCAACAUACCACCGAUACUGCAAUGUAACUACAGUCGAACACCAUUUAAUUGCACUGUCACUUGACUGUGAUUGAUAUUGACACACCGGUCUCCUCUUUCAUGGGCUAUUACAAUUAUGCAGUUCAUUUCAAUGGAAAGCUAACUCUACUGUAUGAAAAACAAAUCUUAAAAUGCAAAUGUGCACACCCUCACUCCAUCACCAUCACCGGGAAAGAUGCAAAACCCUCGACAUCCAGAUCCCCCUCCCUCCUUCUCUCCCUCCAUUCCACCUACUUUCCACUCCACCCAUCCACCCUAACAUAAGAAGAGGUAGAUUGCCCGUAGUUCCAGUUCAGAGCUGAGGGUUGUUGAGGUUGCGGAAUGGGUGUGUGUGUCGUCCUGGGCUGGUUGGUACUGGUCCUGACUGGCCACCAGCUGACUGAGGGAACCAGUCUGCAGCUUUCAGGGGACUACUCCAUUUCGUGUCUCUUUCCGCUCCACAAUUUAGCCACCUCCGGUUCCAACCUACCAGACAUGGAAGCCUGCAAAAAAGGCAAAUCUAAUAAACAUGGCUAUCAUUUGAUACAAGCCAUGAGAUUCGCUGUGGAGGAGAUCAACAACGGCACCAAAAACCAACAUCUUCUCCCAGGGGUGACGCUGGGUUACCAGGCGUAUGACAUCUGCAAUACACCAGCCAGUGUCCUGGCCACUCUGGACCUCCUGGCCCAACAGUUACAGAGAACUUCAGGGAACAAGACGGAUGGUGACCAGAGAGCAGUGGCAGUGAUUGGGCCUGAUAGUAGCAGUUAUACCUUUCCCCCGGCUGCAAUGCUGGGCUCCUAUCUGGUGCCACAGAUAUCCUAUGAAGCCACAAACGAAUUGCUGAGCAACAAGCACCUCUACCCAUCCUUCUUCCGCACCAUCCCCAGUGACAGGAACCAGGUGGACGCCAUGAUCCAGCUGCUGGUCCGUUUUAACUGGACCUGGAUCGUGCUACUGGGCAGUGAUAAUUCCUACGGCCUCCAGGGCAUGCAGAGGCUCUCCCAACAGGCGGCCUACUACGACAUCUGCAUCGCCUACCAAGGAGUCAUCCCCGACCUCACCUCGGCCACCAACCAGACCAUGAGGAGCAUUGUCAAGGGCAUCUUGAAGACCAAGGUCAACACUAUUGUUGUUUUCUCCAGCAAAAGCAAAGUUAGUGGGUUCUUCCCAUUUGUCAUAGAGCAGGGUGUAACUGGCAAGGUGUGGAUAGGGACAGAGGACUGGUCAGUGGCCACUCUAGUGUCGGGGAUACCAGGGAUUCACACCAUCGGAACUGUUCUAGGCAUCUCCAUCAAAUACGCAGCCAUAGCUGGGUUUGAGACGUUCGAAAGCCAUGUUGUUUCAAAGUUACUUAGGGACACCUCCAAUGGCAUGAUGGACCUGAGGGUUGACUGUUUGCAAAAUACGGAUCUCUAUAGCAUGGCAGUAAAAAACUUCUCUUUGGAUGGCUAUGACAUGACAUCCUCGUAUAAUGUUUACAAGGCUGUAUAUGCUGUGGCCCAUGCCCUGCACCAAGCACUUGGUUGUGACUCAGGUGAAUGCCAAAAGAUUGAAGUACAACCUUGGCAGCUUCUGCCACUGUUAAAGCAGGUGAGAUUCUCUGUUGGGAACUCCUCUGUGUACUUUGAUGAGAACGGAGACCCGCCCACAGGAUAUGACAUCGUGACCUGGGUUUGGAGGGGAACAGAGUGGUCUCUCCGAGUGGUGGGCUUUUACACUCCAGACCCCACUGACCUCACAGUGGACCCUGCUCAAAUUGAAUGGGCUAGUGACAUUGACAACCUGGGAAAAGUGCCUCCGUCAAUAUGCUCUCCAGAAUGCCCUACAGGUCACAGGAAGCUGCAGACAGGACAACACAAGUGCUGCUUCGACUGCCUGGCCUGUCCUGCUCACACCUUCCUCAACAGUACUGGAUCUACCUGGUGUCAGGCGUGUGAGCUCCACCAGUGGUCCACAGAGGCGAGCAAGGUGUGUCUGGAUCGGACGGUCCUGCUGCUGGCUUGGGACGCCCCCCUGUCUCUUGCUCUGCUGGUCCUCCUGGCUCUGACCCUGUUCAUGACCCUUGGGUCAGGGGUCGUCUUCCUCCUCAACCUGGGCACCCCUGUGGCCAAGUCGGCUGGCGGGCGCACCUGCCUGGUGAUGCUUCUAGCCCUAACCGCGGCGGCCGCCAGCGCCCUGUGUCACUUUGGCCUCCCGUCUCGGCCCGCCUGCCUCCUCAAGCAGCCCCUCUUCGUCUUCAGCUUCACCGUGUGUCUGGCGUGCGUCACCGUGCGCUCCUUCCAAGUGGUCUGCAUCUUUAAGCUGUCUUCCAAGCUGCCCCGUGCCUAUGAUACUUGGGCUAAGAACCACGGGCCUGAAGGCACCGUCCUUGUCGUGUCCAUGACAGUGUUGUCGAUCUCUGCGCUCCGGGUUGCUCUAAACCCCCCGUACCCCUCCCAGGACGUGGACUUCUACUCCAACUGCAUUGUCACAGAGUGUAGUAACACCCUCUCUUUCGGUGCCAUGAUAGAACUAGCCUACGUCUCUGUGCUCAGUAUGCUCUGUUUCUCCUUCAGUUACAUGGGCAAAGACCUGCCAGCCAACUAUAAUGAGGCCAAAUGUAUCACCUUUAGUCUCAUGGUCUACAUGAUCUCCUGGAUCAGCUUCUUCACCAUCUAUUUUGUCACAAGGGCGGAGUUUGCCAUGGCCAUGCAUGUGCUGGCCAUAGUGUCCAGUGUGCUCGGUAUUCUCGGUGGUUAUUUCAUGCCCAAGGUCUACAUCAUGGUGCUGAGGCCCCAAAUGAACACAACGGCCCAUUUCCAAAACUGUAUUCAGAUGUAUACCAUGAACAAACAGUGAGAGAUAUGUGUUUAUCAUAGAUUGCCUUUUGUAUUUCCGGAUACUUAUUCCCAAUCCAUUGCAUAGGUAGAUGGCAUAGUAUAUGUUGCUCUGCUCUUAGCUAAGGAGAAAGUAAAUGUUGACCUUGCACAUUUAAAUGUAUGUAUAAUGUUCUCUAACAUGGUUGUAAUGUAGUUAUGAGGUUAGCUUUCUAAUGCACUCCUUUUCGACUUAGCUAAGUGUGUGUUUUUACUGGGGAGAAUUCAGAAAACCAAAGCUAAACCUCUUUGGCAGCAUCUGGUGUUGUGCUCUUUUUUCAGUGUCUGUGUGACAUAUGUUUGGCCUCUCUUUACAAGAAUAGAAAGUGGUAGCGUGGGCAGGCCAUAGAGAGGUGCCUUGCCUUCUGUUGGUGUGAGUGCCUGCCUGUAUGUGUGCCCUCUCACUGGGCAUCUGUGGUGGCAGGUUUCAGGAGCUUAAUGGGAUAGCCUGUAAGCCUCUGAUUUAAACCCAGCUAUCCCAAAGACCCAUACACAUGUCCCAUAGUCCCAUAAGUGUGUGACUCAGUAGUCUAUUUGAAGAAUCUGCAUAUGAUUAUUUAUGCUUAAAUCAACGAAUAACCUUUUCUUUGUAUAGCGCUAUUUGAAAUAAAUAAACCAACUAAUAAAA